AUGACUUCGAGUCAGGGGUUCGUAAAGUUCGUGAUUUUUGUUUCGUGGCUCUUAGUAACUUUUUCUUUUUCUUCGGCAGUUGAAGUUAGCAUGAAAGGAAAUAGCUAUAUUACUUAUGAUCUUCGUUCCGACAGCAUCACGACGGAAGCAGACAGGAUUACGUUUUCUUUUAAAACGAUUCAUCCCUUCGGAUUAUUUCUUCAUAGCGCAGGUUCUCAAGGUGACUUAAUUACGAUUGAACUCGUCCAUGGACGCAUUAGGUGAGUUAAAAAUAAAAAUGCAUGACUUAUUUUAAGUUAAUAAUUCACUUAUAAAAGAGACUAUUUCUUUUUUUUAUUUCUUUUUGUAAGACGUAGUUUGUCCACAAAGACCCGUAGCUUGCGAAGCGGAACAAAAUUUAUCUACUUUGGUUGAUUUAAUUGCAUUGAAUAGAGGUGAAAAUUAGACAACUAAAGAAGUGUCAUCCCUGUUUUCAAAAAUUGAUUUCUGACACAGUCUUGAUUGCAAGAUUUAUAACAACGUUUAACUUGCAACACAUCUAUUCUAAUCCAUGAUAUGGCGAAAUUUUGCAAGUAUUGAAAAACGUUCAUCCUGGUUAAGAAAUAAAGUGUUUCUUUCACUCUCAGUUCUAAAUGCUAAUACUUCAGCUGUUUUGGCUUUGUUUAUAAAUGCCGAUAGAAAAGCGUAUUUUUAAAUUAAGCGAGGAGCGAUGGGCUUUGCUUCUUUUUUCACCAGUCUCCAUCAGGUACAUUCAGACUGAAUAUUCAAAGCUUCAUCAUGUUCCUCAAAACGUUUGACCUGAUUUUAUGCAAGCUAUUAUUAUUUUUUCGCUUAUGAUUUCCAAGUGAUAAAUUAACUACUUCAUAAACUAUGCAAAAGCAUGCACUGUGCAAAAUUAAUGGACAGAAAAGCAAGGAUCUCCUAAAAACGGAUUAUUUCUCAAAAAUUCAAUUUCUAUGAUUAAAUAUCAAAGACAUUUUUAUAAGCUUCAUUUUCCCAAGACUACUUCACUAAAAUAUACCUACCCAGAAAUAAUUUUAAGAGUGUAAUGGCGUAUGUUGAGUCAGGCCAUAAUUUAUUGAAUACGAUCCUAAGCUACGUGAUAAUUGCGUUGUCUAUUAGAUAGAUAGACAACAAAUAAGAGUGUGCCGUUCUAACUUAUGCUAACAUGCUCGCUUGCCGUCACACUAAGACCUCUUUUCAACUUCGAAAUCCAAUUCAACUCACGCCCAAUGAGAAAUAUCUACUAAGCCCUAGGCCGGCUUACUUUACAAUUAGUUUCAGAAGCCUAUCACGAACGCUAGCAUGGAUUCAGAACUGAAUUUGUGAAAGGGGAUGUCUGAUGUGGGCGAUAGAUUUCCCAAAAGACUGCAGUAUUGGAACCAAGGAUAGAAACCUUAUUACAGUUUUUUCUGUCGUCAGUGUAUUUUAACAUCGGUACUUACAUGAAAAGGGUCCUUUUAUUUUUGAAAAGCGGGAUGUUUCAAUUAUAUGGUAAUUAAUUUUUCUAAGAAUACAAAAACAUGCCGAGAGGUGUUUAAUUAUUAACAUUUUACCGCGAGUGCUAUAAAAGAGGUCCUAAAGACUCUUCAACCGGAAAAUCAAUGAGGGACGUCAGCGAAUUGUUGACAACACAAAACAACCAAAACAUUUUUUUUUUCACAACACUCAGAAUUCCCUAUUCAAAAGGAAAACAUCUGUAUAAUUAAGCCAUACCGCAUAGUUUUGUUUUUACAGCAAAUGAUUUUUUUCUUUUUUUUUUUUUUUUUUUUUUUUUCUAAUAUGCAAGACAUUCUCGUCUCACUGGCCUCCCUUUUUUUACAUGCGCCGUGUAUUACACCGGCUACAAGUAGGUAACUGGAAAAAGAAAUUAAUUCGCUCACGCUUUCGUGUUCACCUUCCUAAUUGUAGAGACCCCCAAAAAAUAACUUCCACAAAUCACCUCCAGUGAAGGGACUUAACUAGCAAUCGUGCAUCACGUCUCAGUACCAGCUUCAUUUUCGCUGGUUUGUGAAUCCUAAAUUAGGUGCGAGAAAACGUUGCAAAGCGAAUAUUAAAAAAAUAAAGGCCUAUCCUUAUUUACUUCAUGCCAUGAGGGGUCUCUUUCAUUUAGUGUUAAUGCAAAGGGUUCUUGGAGAGUAUGCCCAACUUUUUUAAUAUCAGUUUUAUAUAGAGAAAUUUAAAAUCAAGUAUAGACCAGAUUACGUCAAUCAAAAAACGUCAAAUUUCACCAAAACGACCAAUGUUUCCUUUGACUCCCGUUUUUACGUCGAGUAAACCCAAAAAAUUAUUUUCAAUAUUUAAGCCCCUCAUCGCAUAAUUUGAGAAGCCUGAAUAUCGGCGAUCGUCAGAUUCUAGCUUCAUUCUGAAACUUUCUUUUCCUGUAAACGUUAUAAAUCUCACUAAUCAUAAGCCGCCAGACAAUACCUACCUUUGCUAUAGAAAAACAAUUAUAUCAAACAUUCUAGUUACAUAAAGAGAUAUACUCACUGGAAAGCUUUGUCGUAAUUUUUCAUACGCAAAUGAUUUCUAGCCAAUCUGAGGAGCGAGCGAUAUUUUCAUAUUUGACAAAAAAUAUACGUCCAAUCAGAAUUGCGAACGAUGUUUUUUCAUGUGUGUGGAAAAUAAUACGUCCAAUCAAAAGACACAGAGGUAAGCUAGUCUCGCGCCAACAUUCCCGCCUUUAUAUAGGCUCGAUCCACAGGCGGCCCAGACGUAGUAUGUGUCACUGAAUGAAUAUAUUAAUAUUCACAUGCACAAAUUUUAAAAUGCGAUGAGUCGUCGAAACUCCCAUGAACUAAAAUAGUCCAAAAGUCAAAAUAUAACAAAACAAAGUUAAGAUACCUUCAACUGAACGUAUCCUUGUCUUUCCUGGGCGGUUUAAGUGGCAUUUUGUCGAGUUUUGCAAUUGUAGGUACUAUCCACUAAAGAAGAAUUAAAGCUGGCUACAAAACAAACAGACCAUCUCCACGCGCCUUCACACGAAGCGCUAUAAAUUCGAGAAUAAUCGACGAAUCCGCUCCAAAUAACCAUCGGCUAAUCUGCAGGUAACGUGUGCUCCUGCUUCUGGCUCGCUUGCUCCACAAAACUCAUCGCAACUGCACAAUAAUUGCUCGCUCAUCAACAACCACUGUUGACCUUUACGCUUCGAUAUGACCGCAAACGACCAGGUUUAGUACGCGACGUGAAUAUUCAAGCUUAGCGACCGCGUUCGCGCAACAAUGCAGCACUUGCUAUGGGAGGGAUGGUACUAUUGCUUCUAGGUCAAUCAAUCGGUAAAAUAAUAUUGAAGCCCUUGUAAUUUUUAAGAAGAUCCAAUUUGCCCUAGGAGCACAGAACAGAUACGAAUCUUAUAGCGGAGCUAAAAAAAAUGAGCGGCAGUGGAAAAAGUGAACAAGAACAUGUACCACAUUUUCUCCAUAAAAAAUGAAAACCAGGAAGUUUUCUGGACGUUUCACGUUGCAGUCAUGCAAAUCAACGGCAAGGAAAUGUACAAGAAAGUGUGCUGCAAUUAGACCUAUUGUUGUUUUUCACAGUUCUGGUCAAGGGCAUCCAACUUUUAAUUUUUGACAUUUCACUCACCGGGCUAGGCUAUUUUUCGUAGAGAGUAAAAUGGAAUCCUAAAAUUUUCGGAUUCAAAAAUGUGAUGAAAGAAGGUAUCUGAAAAAUUAUCUCCUUCGUAAUACGUUAAAUUGCAUCUAAAAUUUUCGGGAAAAUAAUUCUGAAUUCCUCGUAAUUUCGAAGACUCAAGUUCCUCUAGAAUGGCCGAACACUGAGAUGCAAAUUUUAUAGCGCCACUUAGAAUGCAUUUCUAUAGAGCUAAAAGUACUUUAUGAAUAGCCACAAAAGUGUUUUCAAUUGAAAGUAUUUGAGGAAACAGUCGUUGGGUGGCCCUGUCUCGUUGCCUUCUCCGCUUAGCAUUACACGAUAUAUUUUAUAUUUAGUAUGAGCAAACUAUAAAUCAUUAGCUUCGCUUUUAGCCCUCCUAAAUUUAUGUAAGCGCUGUUUAGAAUGCAUUUUUCAGUCAAAAGUACUCUGGACAGCCUUAAAUGUGUUUUCAAUGCAUUUAGGGGUAAAUCAUCGUUGGGUGCCCCUGAGUUUUGAGAAUAAUAAUAAUAAUAAUAAUAAUAAUAAUAAAAGAUAUCGCGCACAUAAAUUUUACUUUACGAUAUCUUCAGCUGUAUCUUCUAUUCAGAUGCAUAGCGGGGGCCAGAUUUUGCCUUUUUCCUGGGCGGAAAAUUCUCGUCCUCCUUCACCAGUUUGGACAACAUAUUAUGGAGAAAGACGUUGUUAAUCUAAGCAAAUAAGUCUGGUAGAGUCAAAAACCUAUGCAAGCGGCUGGACUAACAAUGUGACAGCAGCUGAGACAGCGAACGUUAGAAGAAUUCGAACUUGAAAACCAGGGCUGUCCUGUUGAAAACUUACGGACGGUCUCGCGAUCGCCUUUUGUUUUCUGGUCAAAACUAACGCAGCGAACCUUCGGUCAGUCGAUUGACCUAGAAGCAAUAGUACCAUCCCUCCCAUAGCAAGUGCUGCAUUGUUGCGCGAACGCGGUCGCUAAGCUUGAAUAUUCACGUCGCGUAUUAAACCUGGUCGUUUGCGGUCAUAUCGAAGCGUAAAGGUCAACAGUGGUUGUUGAUGAGCGAGCAAUUAUUGUGCAGUUGCGAUGGGUUUUGUGGAGCAAGCGAGCCAGAAGCAGGAGCACACGUUACCUGCAGAUUAGCCGAUGGUUAUUUGGAGCGGAUUCGUCGAUUAUUCUCGAAUUUAUAGCGCUUCGUGUGAAGGCGCGUGGAGAUGGUCUGUUUGUUUUGUAGCCAGCCUUUAAUUCUUCUUUAGUGGAUAGUACCUACAAUUGCAAAACUCAACAAAAUGCCACUUAAACCGCCCAGGAAAGACAAAGAUACGUUCAGUUGAAGGUAUCUUAACUUUGUUUUGUUAUAUUUUGACUUUUGGACUAUUUUAGUUCAUGGGAGUUUCGACGACUCAUCGCAUUAAUUUGUCCGUGUGAAUAUUAAUAUAUUCAUUCAGUGACACAUACUACGUCUGGGCCGCCUGUGCUCGAUCUUGCAGCUUGCUUUGAGUGCUGAGACUAUACAGUAGAGUGUUUUCAACGCGAAAAACAUCUCGGAAAUAGGAGUGGAAGGUUUGGUAUAUUUCACUAUCAAUGAAGGAAAUUGUAGAGUACCAAAAAAAACAACAACAACAACUGCAGAAGGGGAAAAAAGAGAACGAGACGUAUUAAGCUUGGAAAGAUCUGAAAUAAAAGGUUGGCAGAUUGAUGCAUAUCUCAGUAUGUAAAUAAUAAACAAAAUACCACAUGGAAAAUGCUUUGAACGGUAUUUACGCACUCGUUGUUUUUGAAUCAGAAACCUCACUCGUUCGCCGUGCUCAUUCGUUUGCUGUGCUCGAUUUCUGAUACAUCAACAGCUCGUGCGUAAAUGCCGUACGUGCGCACUUUCCAUGAAGUAUUUCACAUAAAUUUCACGUAUACCGGGUUAAGGUUUUUCUGCAUGCUGUUUUUUCAGACCGAUUCUGUGUGUCUGGAUGCUGGAUGAAAUACUGCGUGUUGUGUUAUCUCUAGUAGAAUAUACUGCGAGCAAGCUCCCCAUUUGGGGGAUAUCGUGAAAAGUCACGCACACGCGCAAGUGGCACGCUUACGCAGGCAAGCGUGCCGCAAGCGUGAGAGAGACACAAGAGUAAGAGGCGCCCAAAUGAAGAACUUGCUUGCAAGCUUCUUAUAGCUUGACUUCUCUCUUUACCUCCUUAGACUCACCAUGGACCUUGGCAGCACAAAACGUACUUCUGUCAUUCUCGGAAACAACCUCUCGGACAACAAAUGGCACGAAAUCAAAGUCCAUCGAAACCAAAAAAUUGUGGAUCUUGCAAUUGACAAACUCAAACAUCGAACAACGGUACCAGGUGACAAUGUGCGCCUCGACCUUGACACCACCUUAUAUGUUGGGGGCCUGGAAGAGACUGCCUCGGAUUACGAUGACUCUUUAACUACACCGAAUUUUAAUGGCUGUAUGAAAAUUUUGUACUUCAAUCAUAACGAUAUUUUCUACGGCGUUGAGGUGGAGCAUCCUGGUUACAAGAAGCAUGGCGAUGUACGAUUUAAUUGUUCAUCUGUCGAAUACGCUCCUGUAAAUUUCCCAUCGCCAGAUAGUUACUUGAAAGUUACAAGUCGUUCCCCAAAAACCUUCAAAGUUGAUCUAAGCUUUCGUACCUAUGAAGGCGAUGGCGUUUUAGUUUAUAAAUUAAACAAAGUCUCCAAGAUGUACCUCAUGCUUAUUUCGGGAAAUCUGGAACUACAAAUUCAAAAGGGAAGUAAUCCACCAAUAAGAAUUAACAGCGUCGAUGAAACCUUGAACGACGGAAAAUGGCACGAGGUCAUCGCUGGAGUAACAAGCGAAGAAAUAUGGUUUCAAUUGGAUAAAAACGCGAAGGUACGCCAUGAAAAUCCUGAGUUGUCGAGUAUCGGUGAUUUUAGAAAUGGCGUUUUUAUUGGUUUCGGAACACAAAAAACAGGCUUCGUUGGAUGUAUGAACCGGAUUACCAUUAAUGGCAGUCCUGUGAUAUGGAGCACCUUGAAAGAUUCUCAAAAGAACGGUGCGGUAGACAAUGAGUGCCGCACGUCUUCAAAGUGCUUUCCUAGUCCCUGUAAAAACCAAGGCAAGUGCUCGCAGACGUGGAAAUCUUUCAAGUGCGAUUGUAAGGGAACAUUUUAUGAAGGAGAACGUUGUGAAGUUCCGCUAUACCGCGCUACCUGCCAAGGAUACAAGGAACUGGGUAUGACCCAGGAUGCGUACUGUAAAGUGGAUCCUGACGGAACUGGACCUCUAGGAGCCUUGGAUGUGUUAUGCAAUAUGACGACUCCCGAACAAGCCAUGACGGUAAUAAAACACGACAAGGAGGGUAAACGUGACGUAACUUUAGGCGCUUUAAGCCUGCCGGGUCAUUAUUAUCAAACUAUUACUUAUCAAAGCAACAUGAAAAGUGUGCUUGCGCUAAUCAAGCGCAGUGUGAGCUGCCGACAGUUUAUUAGCUUUCAGUGUCACAAUUCCAAACUUCUCAAUUCGCCGCGGGGUCCUGAGCAUGUGCAGUGGAAGUCCAGUAACGGUAGCUUACAAAACAACUGGGGAGGCGCGCCAUCUGGAAGUGGAAAAUGCGCAUGCGGAAAGAGCAAUUCUUGUGAUGACCCUUCUAAGUACUGUAACUGUGACGCUGAUAGGAAAAAUGGACUACGAGAAGAUUAUGGUGAGUUAUAACCGCAACCCGAGCACUACAUAUUUAAAACAAGCUCCUUAUAUCAGCGCCCAAAAAAUUUCGCAGGGAUGGCUAGAAAGACGGGUAUUUACUUUCGGUGAUUUUUUCUGACGAGCGCCACCGUGGUUCCAAAGCGACGAAGAUAUCGGGCAUUCAGAGAUUUGGUGUCAUCGGAAAGCACUAAAACUUUGCGACUCAAUUUUUAUCUGCCCGCGUCAAAUACACUUAGCCUCGUUCCUUUGGUUACUUUCACGGCAGAAAAUACAGAACUAUAUCGUUAAGUGUCUACUCUCGUCGCACGGCAAAUCCCCAAUAAAAUGUGUGAACAGAUGAUUUCAGGGUGUACAAACCACUCUAACCGCGUGCAUCUCACGCAGAGCUGUACAGUAAGUGUAGAUGCUUCUUUCUUUGUAAUGAUAGUUAGACGAUACGGCGCCAUUAAGGAUUUUCUAUUCAUUACUUAACCUCCCAGCUCUGUAGUCAUUCUUAUAUCUUCUCACCAACUUAAUAAUUUGAAUGACAAGUGUUAUAUGUAUCUUGUUCACAGGGUAUUUAACAGAUAAAUCAUUAUUACCAGUGACUAUGAUACAGUUUUCCGAAGACGCGGCGAACUCCUUUUUCACUCUCGGACCAUUAGAAUGCUUCGGUUCCUCGGAUCAGACCUCUGGUCAGGUGACCAGAGCCAGCUUUGUCUCCUCUGUAUGCAAGUUAGUCAAUCCACCUCCCACAGUCGAUACCACUACAGCGACAAGCGUGCCCACCACUUCCCAACAGCGCACAGUCACGAUUCCUCGAGCAAGGGAAACAUCCACUGCCACGUUCACAACAACUACAGGUAAAUUUACAAAUAUUGAACUUGCCAAACAUCACGUGACCUUGACGACUACUAUCGCAACCGAUAAAAACUCAACUUUGGUGACAUCAGUGAUUAGUCACGAAGCCAAGAAUGAUGGCGUGACAGUUCAUUCUUCCAUUACUACAGGUAAGAGUGGUGUGACGGUCCAUUCGAGCAUCACGACUCAAGGCGAGACUGUCACACUUCCUCCCGUGACAACUGCUCGACCCAGGCCUCCUAGAGUGGUGGUGAUUACCAAUGGAAGCGUUUCUUACGUCACUCACGUCAAGGGAGGGAUAGAGUACGAUGCCAGAUUUAUAAUCUUGAUCACUUCUGCUGUGCUCGCCUUCAUUUUGCUCAUUUGGGUGAUAAUAUUCGUUUUCCUCAAGCGUUCGGGCCGCAGCUACGUUUGGUGCAUUUCCUGUAGGAGCUGCACAAGAAGGAAAAAUAUCCCGGAUAUUGAGGUGUACCGUCACUCCAUCCGCACUGAUUCCCCGGAUGAGCUGACGUUGGAUGACAUGAAUCAUGACGCGGGGGAGGUUGGGAACUACAAAAUAACCAACGGACAAACGGUAUACCAUUCAGUUCGAGACUCGCAUGUUAGGAAAUACGUAUCCUUCUCUGCUUCAACUUCCAAACUGUAA